AUGUCCGAGAGCUUCAUAUCAGGUCAGACCUCGGAGGACCUGUUGGCUGAUUUUGAGUCCCUGUUGAACAAUGGCAGCAUUGAUCUCAGUCAAGAUCAUCAAAUUGUCAUCAUCUCCACUCCCAACACGGCCACGGCCAGCACUGCAGCGGGGGACAUACUGCUGUUUGCCACCCCACACAGUACCACCACCACAAAUCUGCCCGACCUCGAGAGACCCACCCUGGGCAGACCACCGGUCAAGAGGAAAUUAGAUUUGGACAGUGAUCACCAGUACAUUUGCACGUCCCGACCUGCGUCACAUGGACCAGCACCUCCGGCCACACCCGCACCACCCAGAGUGCCUAGAUUGGCUACUGAGAAGUCUCGCUAUGACACAUCUCUGAAUCUGACCACCAAACGCUUCCUGGACCUGCUCGCUCAGUCACCUGACGGAGUGGUUGAUCUGAACUGGGCCUCUCAGGUGUUGGACGUCCAGAAACGACGCAUCUACGACAUCACCAACGUCCUGGAAGGCAUUCACCUGAUCUCCAAGAAGUCCAAGAAUAACAUUCAGUGGCUGGGUAAUCGUAUAGACGGGGCGUCUGUGGUGAGAUCUCAGGAGCUGCAGCGAGAGUUAUCUGAACUGACGGAGGCGGAGGAGAAACUUGAUGAUCUCAUGAACAAAUCCAGCCUACAACUACGGCUCCUCAAAGAGGACACACAAAAUGUCAAGCUGAGCUACAUCAGAUGUCAAGACCUGCAUAACACUGUGGAUCCUCCCGAUCAGAUCGUCAUGGUGAUCAGAGCUCCACCCGAAACACAGAUGCAGGUGUCUGAACCCAGUGAGGGUUGCCAGAUCUCUCUAAAGAGCUCCAAAGGUCCGAUCGAUGUGUUUCUGUGUCCUGAGGACAGUUCUGGGAUUUGUAGUCCUGUCACUGAGUGUAGUCCUGUGAAAACAUCCAAUCAGAGCCCUCCUCAGCCUGACCCUGCUUCACAGGAAGUGACAUCAACGCUCCCUAGCUCCUCGCCUCUGCAUGUGGGCACUGACUCGGAUUCGUUUCUUGGUUCUGAUCCGUUUUCUGGCAUCUGUGAGAUACCGGAUUUCGACUUGUCUCCGUUGGACUCUGACUUCCUGCUUGAGCAGGACGGGGCGGUGGAUGGGCUCGGCCUCCCAGUGGACAGUUUCAUCUGCCUCUCACCCCCACACAACCAGGACUACCACUUCGGUCUGGAGGAGCACGAGGGCAUCAGCGAGCUGUUCGACUGCGAUUUCGGUGACCUCGGCCCUCUGGAGUUUUAAGAGACAGAUUUAAGUCGUUCCCCUUUUACUCUCGAUUCUCAGUGUGAACAGGAAACGGAUCCCACUUCGCUUCACUUUUCAAUCCAGAUUUACCCAUCUGACUCUAGCAGCAGCACUUGCAUGCUCAAGAGCACUGCCAUUUAAUUUAUUUAAUUAACAGUUGUACAUUUAAUGUUGUCGCGAAGGUUUUAGGAUGUUGUAAAUGUAUCGAAUAGAGGUUUGAAAAUAAACUGACGAGGUUUUAUGGAAUAUUUCUCAGGAUUAUCUUUAAGUAUUUCAGGUGAGUGAUAAUGUGCUGGUUAUGUUGAUAGGUUGGUUAUGCAUCCUGCGCGAUAAUCGAUCCGUCAUCAUAUACGAUGAC